UGUCCCCUCCGCUGUCACGCAAAGCAGCAGAGAGACACAGAGAGAGACAGCGAAACCACUGAAAAGACGCACGACAGGACAGAAAUCACUGUUUUUUUGCAGGGGGAGGGGAAGAAGUUAACCGAAAGGUGACAUCGUAUGUACUGGAGGAUUUAAGUUGAGUAUUAAAAAAAAAAAAAAAAACUGUGGGAACAGAUCUACUUGCGUGGGGGACAGGUGGGGGGGGGGGACAACACAGAUGUGAGCGACGUGCAGCAGACGGACUCAGGUGCACACAACCAAACUGGCGGCGCACUUAGGAUGCAGAAGUCACCGGUGGAAGAUGCCAACUUCCUCUCCAGAUAUUUCUUCUGGUGGACGACGCCUUUGCUGAGGAAGGGCUUCAGGAAGAAGUUGGAGCUGACGGAUGUGUACAAGGCUCCUUCUUUUGAUCUGGCAGACAACCUCUCUGAGAGACUCGAGAGAGAAUGGGACAGAGAGGUGGUGUCGGACAAGAAAAAGCCACGGCUGAUGAAUGCGCUGGCCCGCUGCUUCCUCGGCCCCUUCGCCUUCUUCGGCGUCCUCCUCUACCUCGGGGAGGCCUCCAAGGCGGUGCAGCCUCAACUUCUGGGCCGCAUCAUCGCCUCCUUCGACCCGUUCCACUCUCCGGAGCGCAGCCAGGGCUACUUCCUGGCCCUGGGCCUCUGUCUCCUCUUCACCGCCCGCUUCCUGCUGCUGCAGCCCGCCAUCUUCGGCCUGCACCACCUGGGCAUGCAGAUCCGCAUCGCCCUCUUCAGUCUCAUAUACAAGAAGACCCUGAAGCUGUCCAGCCGAGUCUUGGAUAAGAUCAGCACCGGUCAGCUGGUCAGUCUGAUGUCGGCUCACCUCAACAAGCUGGAUGAGAGCCUGGGUCUGGCCCACUUCAUCUGGAUCACCCCCCUGCAGUGCAUCCUGUGCGUGGGUCUGCUCUGGGAGCUGAUCGAGGUGAACGGCUUCUGUGCGCUGGCGGCGCUCACCCUGCUGGGCAUCAUCCAGGCCUGGCUCUCCCAGAAGAUGGGACCUCACCGCGCAAAGCGAGGAGGAAUGAUCAGCCGCCGCCUUGCUCUCACCUCGGAGAUCGUGGAGAACAUCCACUCUGUGAAGGCGUACGGCUGGGAGGAGGUGAUGGAGACAAUCAUCAAGAACAUCAGGCAGGAAGAGAUGACGCUGACGAGGAAGAUCGGCUCGCUGCGUUACUUCUACAGCGCCUCCUACUUCUUCUCCGCCAUCUUGGUCAUUGUGUCCGCCAUUGUGCCGCACGCGAUCAGCAAAGGCAUCAUCCUGCGCCGCAUCUUCACCACCGCCUCCUACUGCAUGGUGCUGCGCAUGACACUGACCCGCCAGCUGCCGGGAUCCAUCCAGAUGUGGUACGACACGCUGGCGCUGGUCAAGAAGAUCGAGGAGUUCUUGAUGAAGGAAGAGUACAGAGUUCUGGAGUACAACCUGACCACCUCUGACCUGGAGCUGGUCAACGUCUCUGCAUCCUGGGACGAGGGCAUUGGUGAGCUCUUUGAGAAGAUCAAGCAGGAGAACAAUGCCAACGGACACCUGAGCGGCGACGCGGGCCUCUUCUUCACCAACCUCUACGUCACGCCCGUCCUCAAGAACAUCAGCCUCUAUCUGGAGAAGGGCAAGAUGCUGGCGGUGGCCGGCUCCACCGGCUCGGGGAAAAGUUCCCUGCUGAUGAUGAUCCUCGGAGAGUUGUUGCCGUCGGAGGGGAAGAUCAGACAUAGCGGGCGCAUCUCCUUCUCGCCGCAGACCUCCUGGAUCAUGCCGGGGACGAUCCGGGACAACAUCCUGUUCGGCCUGACCUACGACGAGUUCCGCUACACCUCCGUUAUCAAGGCCUGCCAGCUGGAGGAGGACUUCGGCCUGCUGCCCGAGAAAGACAAAACGCUUCUCCUGGAGGGAGGGGUGACCCUCAGCGGGGGUCAGCGGGCUCGCCUCGGCCUGGCCAGGGCCGUGUACAAAGAUGCAGACCUCUACCUGCUGGAUGCACCGUUCACCCACCUGGACAUCGUGACGGAGAAAGAGAUCUUUGAGAAAUGCGUCUGUAAACUAAUGGCGUCCAAGGCGCGCAUCGUGGUCACCAGCAAGCUCGAGCAUCUGAAGCGAGCUGACCGGAUCCUCCUGCUGCACAAUGGAGACUGCUACUUCUACGGAACCUUCUCGGAGCUGCAGGCCAAGCGGCCCGACUUCAGCUCGCUGCUCCUCGGCAUACAGACGUACGACAACUUCAACGCCGAGCGCCGCAGCUCCAUCCUCACAGAAACCCUGCGCCGGGUGUCCGUGGACGAGACCGCCGGCUUCCGGGGGCCGGAGGCCAUGCGCCAGUCCUUCCGACAGCAGCCGCCUUCCAUAAUCCCCCCUGGGUCCCAGGGCCACGCCGGAGGCGACGGCUACCCAGAGAAACGCAAACAGUCGCUGAUCCUCAGUCCACUGGCGGCCGCGCGCAAGUUCUCCUUCAUCGGAAACUCCCAGCAGAGCGCCAGCGCCCCCCAGUCCACCGCCAUAGAGGACGGAGUCCAGGAACUCUCCGAGCGGAAGUUCUCGGUGGUGCCCGAGGACGACCAGGUGGAGGAGGUGCUCCCCAGGGGGAACCUGUACCUCAACGGGCUGCAGUACCUCAACGGGCAGAGGCGCCAGUCGGUCCUGGCGUUCAUCACCAAGACUCAGGGCCAGGAGCGCCGGGAGCAGAUGCAGAUUCAGUCGUCCUUCAGGAAGAAGCUGUCCCUCACGCCGCAGUGCGACCUGGUGUCCGAGCUGGACAUCUACGCCCGCCGCCUGUCCAAGGACAGCGUUUAUGACAUCAGUGAGGACGUGGACGAAGCUGACAUGGAGCAAUGCUUCGCAGACGAACGUGAGAACAUCUUUGAUACAACCUCAUGGAGCACAUACCUGCGCUACAUCACCACCAACAGGAGCUUAAUCUACGUAUUAAUCUUCAUACUUCUUGUCUUCUUCGUUGAGGUCGCUGGUUCAGUCAUUGGCAUUUUCCUUAUCACUGACGAGGUCUGGAGGGACGCCGCCAACCCGACGGCGCCGACCUUCAUCAGCGCGCAGAACCCCAACUCCUCCUCGCCGCCCGUCCACCUGGCGGUCAUUGUCACGCCGACCAGCGCCUACUACAUCAUCUACAUCUACGUGGCCACGUCGGAGAGUGUGCUGGCGCUGGGCUUCUUCAGGGGCCUCCCGCUGGUGCACACGCUGCUCACCGUGUCCAAGAGGCUGCACGAGCAGAUGCUCAGCGCCGUGCUCAGGGCCCCCAUGGCGGUGCUCAACACCAUGAAGACGGGCCGCAUCAUGAACAGGUUCACCAAGGACAUGGCCACCAUAGACGACAUGCUGCCGCUGGUGCUCUUUGACCUCAUUCAGCUCACGUUGAUCGUAACGGGCGCCAUCUUCACCGUAUCCAUCAUCCGGCCCUACAUCUUCAUCGCCGCCAUCCCGCUGGCCGUCAUCUUUGUCAUCCUCAGAAAGUACUUCUUACGAACUGGACAACAACUCAAGCUACUGGAGGCUGAAGCUCGCAGCCCCAUCUUCUCCCACCUCAUCAUCUCUCUGAAGGGCCUGUGGACCAUCCGGGCCUUCGGCCGGCAGACUUACUUCGAGACGCUCUUCCACAAGGCGCUGAACACGCACACAGCCACCUGGUUCAACUACCUCUCCACGCUGCGCUGGUUCCUCUUCCGCUGCGACAUGAUCUUCGUCCUGUUCUUCACGGCCGCCGCCUUCAUCGCUGUGGGAACCAACCAGGACAAACCAGGGGAGGUGGGCAUCAUCGUGGCCCUCGCCAUGCUCAUCCUGGGGACAUUCCAAUGGGCUGUCAUCACCAGCAUCACUGUGGACGGACUGAUGCGUUCGGUGGACCGCGUGUUCAAGUUUAUCGACCUGCCGUCCGAGGAGCCGCUGCCGGAGAAGUCGGGCGGCAAUGGAGAGCCGGACCUCGUCAUCGACAACCCCUACGCUCGGGGCUGCUGGCCCAACCGGGGCCAGAUGGACGUGCGGGGCCUCACCGUCAAGUACACGGAAGCCGGGCGCUCAGUGCUCAGCGACAUCACCUUCUCCGUUGAGGGGGGGCAGAGCAUCGGCCUGUUGGGUCGGACCGGCUCGGGGAAGAGCACCCUGCUCUCCGCUCUGCUGCGCCUCGCCUCCACCGACGGGGACAUCUCCAUCGACGGCGUCUCCUGGAGCUCCGUCUCCCUGCACACGUGGAGGAAGGCUUUCGGGGUGGUGCCGCAGAAAGUUUUUAUUCUGACCGGGACCUUCCGGAUGAACCUGGACCCGCACGAAGGACACAGUGACGAGGAGCUGUGGAGGGUCGCCGAGGAGGUGGGCUUGAAGUCUGUGAUCGAACAGUUCCCAGACAAGUUGGACUUCCAGCUGGAGGACGGAGGCAACGUGCUGAGCAACGGACACAAGCAGCUGUUGUGUCUCGCCCGAUCGAUCCUCAGCAAGGCCCGGAUCCUGCUUCUGGACGAGCCCUCGGCCUACCUGGACCCUAUAACGCUGCAGGUCCUGAGGAAGACGCUGAAGCACGCGUUCUCCGGCUGCACCGUCAUCCUGUCGGAGCACAGGGUGGAGCCGCUGCUGGAGUGUCAGUCCUUCCUGAUGAUCGAGGGCAGCUCCAUGAAGAGCUACGACUCCAUCCAGAAGCUGCUGAACGAGACGAGUCACCUGAAACAGGCCAUGAGCCCCGCCGACAGGCUCCGUCUCUUCCCGCCGCUCCACCGCCUCAACUCCAGCAAGAGGGCGCCGCCGCAGACCGCCAAGAUCUCCUCGCUGCCGGAGAAGGCCGAGGACGAAGUCCACGACACCCGCCUCUAACUGGCCACACACACACACACACACACACACACACGCAACAGCGUCUCUGUGAGACACAAACUCUCCCAGACAUUUUUUCAUCAAACUCAAUUUGCAGACUUUGCACUGAAUCAUUAGGACUUAGUUUCGAUCAAUAUACUGAUUUGAUACACACACACACACACACACACACACACACAUAAGCAGAAAUGUAAACAUGGCAGAGAACAUGUGGCCUCACACACAGUUGGAGCAUGCAGCUAAUUCGUUGACAGUGAAUUCAGGAUUAUUUGAUUUUGAAAAAAAAAAGUGUGAUGUUUGAAUCAGGUGUUUUAAUUGCAGAACUGAAAAGCGGCACGUUUAAAAAGUGCUAUAAAAUGUGUGUGCCACUUGAUUGAACCAAAUUUGACCAUUGCGACAACAAAAAAGGUUCCGUCGCCGACCGCCUGUCGCUGUCAGUGUGUCACAGAAUUAGAACAGUGUGAAUGAACCGGUGUGUUUGUGCUGUUGGUGCAGCGGAGCAAAUCGCAGACGUGAUGCUGAGAUAAUAACGCAGUUCCCUCUGAGUCACCAACUCUGCCCUCACCGCGGAAACGGCCUUCGCAGGUUGUUGUUGUUGUUGUCUUCUCAUUGUCCUCAUAAAUUUCAACCCUUAACUGCGGAUAUCGUUUGCUUGAAAAAGCAUGAAUUGUGAUGGUUUUUUGUCAACAAGAAUUCUUAAUUCUUCGUCUGAAUUAAGGGUGUUUUACUUUCAAAGAAAACAUGCUUUUGUUCUGAGCAAUCUGAUACUUUUUCAGUGUCCUUGGAUUGAAGACUGAGCGUGAAUAUAUCAGCUGUAGGAGACCCCCGUUUUGCUCCUGUAGGAAUAAUAAGUGUGGCUAUGAGCGCUGGUCAGAGGCACAUCAACAGUACGCUUCAGGAAUAAAUCAUGUAAGGACGUGAGUAGCAGGUCUUAAGUGGAUGCUGAGCCAGCUUCUCCAGUUCUCCUCGUCAGCCUCUGAAAGGCGGUUCCUCUGUUCAUAUAGAAGUGUAUGAGAAAAUGACUCUUCUCUCUGCAGUGAACAUUGUAAACGUGUUUAUGAUCUCAAACUCUAACUCAAGACUUCUUCAAUACAUCAUGAUGUUCAUUUAGUAAAUUAUCAUCCAUGUAAAGUCAAACAGACCACAACGCAGGGGAUGCUUCAGGGUGGGGCUUACUGUGAUUGACAGGUCGUUUUCCAGUCUGUUUUUCAGUUCAUGAAAGCGAAUUGUAACAUUUGUCUUACGUAGCUCCGCCCUCUUUCUCCGUCCACACAAACGCAAAGCAAACGACUCCAUCCGCUCGCCGCCUUCUGGCCACGAGGCAUCGAUUGAGGGCUACGCCAUCGGUACGGCUUCAAUAGCGCGUCUGAUUGGUCCAAGUGGUUGGUUUAGUCGACGCCCACGCAGACAGGAGCAGUGACGUCAUUGGCCGCCGCAGAGAUCUUUAUUUUUGUUGUUUGCACUUUAGAGGCGAGGCGAGGUACUGAGCAGCUUCCACCGCGACGACCUUCUUGUUAACUGACAUCACUUUUUUCUUCAAUUCUUCCGCUUGUUAAUAUCAAAAAUAAAAAGUACAUUUUCUAUUUGAAAUAUAUAUUUUUUCAAAGCUGUACAAACGCCUGCAAUUAUGAACAAUUCCAUAGUUCUACCUUUUCCUCACAGGGCUCAUAAAACCGUGUAAUAGUUUAAUAAGAUUAAAAGGUACCACAAAGGCCUUCACAUGUAAACUGUGACAGAUUUUCUUUUUUUUACGGCGUAACUGAAGAACCAAGCUGUUUGUUGCUCAUAGGAACCGGACGCAGAUGUCCAAAAACAUAACGUAUUUGUUGGAUCAACUAUAUUUCCAGUGAAAUUAUAAAGAUUUUGGAAAAGUU